GGGUCGGGGCCGCCCCAGCGGGGCAGGUGACGGCCGCUGUGAGGCGGGGGCCCGGCCGCAGCCCAGCCCAUGUGCGCACAGCUGGCGCUGCCCCCGCGGCCGGCGCUGCCCGGCGCCGCGGCCCUGCGCUACCUGGGGCUCUGCUGGGGCGCGCCGGGCCCGGCGGGACAGGGCCCCGCCGCCGCCGGGCCCGCGGGAAUCGCCGCGGCCGGGCAGUCCCCGGAGGCAGCAGGGAGCAGGCACACAGCAGAAGUAUCCCCAGCUUCAUCCAGUUCUGGGAAUUUCAGCCAAUUCACACCAGAUUCAGCCACCAGUCCACACUCGUCAUCCUUGUCCCCACAGCCUACAGCUAAGUCUCAGAAGGGCAGGGAAUAUGGCGUGGAAGGAAUGAGGAGAACCAAGAGCCGUACAGCUUUCUCCAAGGAGCAGCUACAAACCCUGCACCAGCGCUUCCAGAGCCAGAAGUACCUCAGCCCCCAGCAGAUCCGGGAGCUGGCUGUUGCCCUGGGGCUCACCUACAAGCAGGUGAAGACUUGGUUCCAGAACAGGAGGAUGAAGCUGAAAAGGUGCCAGAAGCACAGCCUGUGGAGCGAACGGGCUCAGUGCCUGACGCAAAGUGCCUUCCAGACCGGUACUUACCUGGACGUGCACCCCAAAUUCCACCAGGGCUACCCCCUCACUGCAGCUGGCAACAUCCAAACCGUGCCUGCCCCCUGUCAGCACUAUGGAGCAGGGCAGAACGCUUACACAAUCAUGAGCAGCGAGGACGGAGGAGUCUUCGGCAAAGGCCCCGGGGGUACCUGCAGUGUCCAGCAGACAGUGGGCUUCAUUGCCCAGCACAAAGUAGACUUUUACCACAGCUAUCCUGGCAGUGUGGAAUAUCCAGGCUCAAAGACAGGCGAUGGCUGUAAUUUUCACCACUCAGCCACUAUGGGGACGUCUUUCCCAACCACUGCUGGCCAUCAUCUUUAUCAUUCCUAAGCACUGUGCGUGUGGGGUACUUGGGCAGCCAGGAAUCAAAUUUUAUUCUCCUCUCUCCCUUUGUUAUUCAUGUGAUGUCCACCUCAGGGCCAUCUUGUAGCUAGAACCUGUUUUGGCAUCCAAGUGUGUGCCUGCAGACAUGCAGCCGUGCAGAGACCCAUUUGCCCAGGUACACGCACACAGAGCCUGCAUUUCCAUGUCCGUACACGUGCACACAUACAUUCCUUCCUUGAUGGGCAUGGACAACCAAGCUCCCUUAUAGCAGAGCCCACGAUCUGGCUGCCCAGCUUAUGCCCUGGAUCUCCUUAAUUAUGGAUCUUGUAACUUGUCUUAAGGGGAAGCAGGGAUUUCUUUGGGGAUCUUGUUUCUACGUAUCGCUUGUGCAGUUGUGUGUACGUAACACCUGAAGCCAGGGGCUCUGUGGAGAGGUGCUGGCCAUGUACCUGUGACUGAAGCUGGAGAAGUUAUUGCCACGUGCCAGUUAUCCAUCUGAAGUGUAAACCAUCAAUUCUGUAUAACAGCCAUGAGGUGAAGUGAUGAAGUGUCUAAUAAAGGAAAAUGUGGCAAGUAGCUUGCAGAAAGGCUGGUAAGAUGAUCUUAUAAGCCCAUCCUUCUAGUCUGUACCUUUCUGUGCCUCCCCUUGAGAAAACCUAACAGUGCAUUCAAUUUGUCAAAUAAAAAAGAGUAUUUUUUAAGAUGCAUUAUGUAUUUUUAUGUAUCUCUUUUUUCCCACUGCAAUAGAGCAUUGCUAUAUAGAAACCAGAUAUAACAUAAAUAGCCAUAGCAACUGUAUGCCAUUGUUAUUUGAUCCUGAAACUAUAAACAGAAAUUCUUCUGUGUUAUUAGUGGAUCAGUUUCAUGGCUCUUGGCAGUGCCAGAUAUCUCGAGUCAAAGAAACAGGUGAGUAACCAUCACCCAUCCUGAGAAUUUUCCCUAUCCAGCAAUAUUGAAUAUGGGGACUGUCAUGGAGGCACAAUAAUUUCUAAAUUUGACUACCUAAAACCAGAUGUGUGUAGCAAAGUGUAUGUAAUAACAGGCCUCCAGUUCCUUGAGUCACAGGUUUUCUCUUUGAUGAUGAUAAAUUUCUCUUAAUGCAGUGAAGUAGCUGCCAUUGUUUAAAAAAAGGCCAUAAAAUGAAGGCAGCGAUUUCUGUGACUGGAGUAAUAAGAGGCAAAGCUGAUUUAUGUCCCUGUACCUUACAGCUGUUCGUUCCCUCUCCCACUCCCUCAGCAGACACUCUGACUCUACUGUGAACUAUACGGUGUGCUGACUUUGGCUGUUUGUUAAUUUUCUUCACACUAUCUAGGAUGGGGCUGUGUUUUGGAUUUGUGCUGAGAACGGAGUUCAUAAUACUGAGAUGUUUUCAUUACUGCUGAGCAGGGCUUGCACAGUGUCAAGGCCUUUUCUGUUUCUCCUUAUCUCCCUGACAGGGAGAAGGCUGGGGGUGCACAAGGAGUUAGGAGGAGACACAGCUGGGACAGCUGACCCCAACUGACCAAAAAUUCCAUACCAUAUGGCAUGGGGGGAGGAAGAGAGGGACAUCCCGAGUGAUAGCCUUUGUCUUUCUAAGGAAUCAUUGCACAGGAUGGGGCUGUGUUGUCCUGGAGGUGGCCUGCCUAUGGGAAGGAGUGAAGUAAUUCCUUGUUUUGCUUUGUUUGUGUGUGCGGCUUUUGUUUUACCUAUUAAAAUAUUUUAAUCUCAA